AUGACCCAAACAUGGACGGAACAACGGAAUGGUGAGGGGACGGCAAAUUUUCUCACAGGAGCUGGUGGAUUUCUACAAUCAUUGGUUCACGGCUAUGCUGGACUGCGCCUUAUGCUUGCGACUCCACCUUCUAUUCAAUUAGAGGGAAACGAAUAUAGUCAUUUUUCACGUACAAGUUCUCAACAUAGGACCAGUAUAACCAGCCUUCUGCGUCUCAACCCUAAAUCAAUUCCACCUGCCUGGUUCUCCACCUACCAUGAAGGGAUGGAACCUAAUUUGUGCUGCCAGUCAGGCGAGCAAGUGCCAUCGUAUCAGGAUGAUGCCCUGACAAAUGUUUCAGCGAAUGUAUCAUCAGACAGAGUGACGCCAGCUAGCUCACCAAUUCUACAUUUGCGAGGUCUCCAUUUUAGGGGCCGUCGCCUUCAUGUUCGUCUCGACUCUGGUCGCCAGCAGCUCACUAUCCACUUAGUGUACGGCGAUGACCUAUGGGCUGUUUGGGGUGAAGAGACUUCACUAGAAAACAAUCCUACAGCCAGCAGACGCCUACGUAUCAACGACGAACAACCUCUUUUACUGCCUUAUCAACCUGUUACAAUAUUCGCAUAA